GGCGGAACGAUUUUUCCGGCGGACAACGGACAACCAGCUACUUAGCAGCCGUUGGAAACAAAACCUGAGUCUAAAGCAAGUUCUCAUGUUACCAGGUUAUACCCCAGCUACAUUGUAGUUCCUCACAUAGGCGAACACCUCCAUCCAGUUUUUGCUGUUUACUGUUUUGACCUAGAGGCUGAAGAGGUUUGUGGUGAAGAUGGGAGUGCCAAAAUUUUACCGCUGGAUUUCGGAACGCUACCCUUGUCUCAGUGAAGUUGUCAAGGAACAUCAGAUUCCAGAGUUUGACAACUUCUAUCUGGACAUGAACGGCAUCAUCCACCAGUGUUCUCACCCAAACGAUGAGGAUGUCCACUUUCGCAUUUCUGAGGAAAAGAUUUUUGCAGACAUCUUCCAUUACCUGGAGGUGCUCUUCAGGAUCAUCAAGCCUCGCAAGGUUUUCUUCAUGGCGGUGGAUGGUGUGGCGCCAAGGGCGAAGAUGAACCAGCAGAGAGGACGUAGAUUCAGGUCCGCCAAAGAAGCAGAGGAAAAGAUAAAAAAAGCUUUGGAUAAAGGAGAGGUGCUUCCCACAGAGGCUCGCUUCGACUCCAACUGCAUCACUCCUGGCACUGAGUUCAUGGUGCGACUUCAGGAACAGCUCAAGUAUUUCGUCCACAACAAGCUCUCCAAUGACAAGCUAUGGGAGAAUGUCAAAGUGUACUUGUCCGGUCACGAGACACCAGGGGAGGGGGAACACAAAAUCAUGGAGUUUAUUCGGUCAGAGAACACCAAGCCCAAUCAUGACCCCAACACGCGACACUGCCUGUACGGCCUGGAUGCUGACCUGAUUAUGUUGGGUUUGACCAGCCACGAGCCAAACUUCGCUCUGCUCAGGGAGGAAGUCCGCUUUGGAGGGAAGAAAUCCCAGAAGAGGAUAACAGCUCCAGAGGAGACCACUUUUCACUUGCUUCACUUGUCUCUGAUGAGAGAGUAUAUCGACUACGAGUUCUCUGAGCUCAAGAAUAAGAUGGGUUCCGAUUAUGACCUGGAGCGAGUAAUAGAUGACUGGAUUCUAAUGGGUUUCCUGGUAGGAAACGAUUUCAUCCCUCACCUCCCCAACCUUCACAUCAAUCAUGACGCUCUACCGUUGCUGUACAAGACGUACAUGAGUGUACUACCAAGCCUGGGGGGUUAUCUGAAUGAGAACGGUCACCUAAACCUCAGAAACUUUGAGAAAUACCUGGAGAAGCUUGCUGAGUUUGACCGGGAACAUUUUAAUGAGGUCUUUGUGGAUUUGAAGUGGUUUGAAAGCAAAGUUGGUAACAAAUAUCUGAAUGAAGCUGCUGGACUGGCAGCUGAGAAGGAAGCUGCCAGCAAAGACGCCAGAAAGAACGAGGAUUCUGCUCUCUGUCUGGCUUCCCUGACUACAUCAGAGAAAGUCACCGGAGAGGAAAAAGCAGCGGCAGCAGAUGAUGAAGAGGAGGAGGAUGAUAUCUUUGAAACAGAGUUCAGACAGUACAAACGCACAUACUACAUGAGCAAGAUCGGCGUGGACGUGGUGUCUGAUGAGUUUCUAGCCAACCAAGCCAAGUGUUAUGUGGAAGGUAUCCAGUGGAUUCUCCACUACUAUUACCAUGGAGUUCAGUCCUGGAGCUGGUACUACCCCUACCACUACGCUCCCUACCUGUCAGACAUCAGGAAUGUAUCUGGGUUAAAGCUGACCUUUGAGCAUGGACAGCCCUUCAUGCCCUUCCAGCAGCUGUUGGCAGUCCUGCCUGCUGCCAGCAUGGAACUGCUGCCCGAGUGUUACAGGCAUCUGAUGACUAGUGAAAGUUCAGCUAUUAUUGAGUACUACCCUCUUGACUUUAAAACUGACCUGAAUGGCAAGCAGCAGGAGUGGGAGGCUGUGGUGCUCAUUCCAUUCAUAGAUGAGAGGUGCUUAUUAGCAGCCAUGGAGGCCUGCAACAGGAAGCUGACAAAAGAAGAGAAGGCCAGGAACUGCCACACAGAGUGUGCAGUCUACUCGUACGACAGGGAAAUGGACUUCGCCUACGCCUCCCCCCUGCCUCAACUGUUCCCCGACAUCGUCCACUGCCACGUCAGGACAGCGCACAUCCCCAUGGAUGCUUGGCAAGUUUCAUUAGAUCACGUCAGCAAGCCCGUUGACCGCUCAGCUCUGUACUUCUGUGGCUUUCCCACCUUACAACACAUCAAACACAAGUUUUACAAGAAGAAAGGCGGGGUGGUCGUGUUCCAGCAGAGUAGCAGAGGGGAGAACAUGUUGCUGGAUAUCCUCCCCAACCAGGAAGGGGAAACGACAUGUGAUGAUGUUGCUGCACAAGUUCUGGGAAAGUCUGUGUUUGUCAACUGGCCUCAUCUAGAGGAAGCUCGCAUCAUUGCAGUGUCAGACGGAGAAACGAAAUUUUAUCUUGAGGAACCACCGGGUGUCCAAAGAGUGUAUGACAGGCCGAGCACUCCUCCUCCCGCCAAAGUCACCUGUCUGUCUGACAAGGAGCAGAAGGACUGGAUUAAGGAUGUCCAAGGAAUCACUGAAUAUUAUUUGAAGAGGAAAGGCAUCGUGAUAAAUGAGACAGAGGUGGUUUUAUACGGCCAACUGCUGACUGGAAGAAAAUACGUUCCCAAAGCCAAUGGUGUGGUGGAACUGGAGAAACAGUGGGCCAAACAGGUCCUCCCCUUUGCCUACCAGGCGGUUGUUAAGGAUAUCAAAGCCUUCUGCUCAUCUCUGGCCUGCUUCAAGAGCUUAGAUGAGCUCUUUCCUCCAACAACAACCGUCUUCAUGGUGGGAAACCCGUACUACGGUGCCAUGGGAGAGGUGCAAGAUUCCCAAGAUGUCAUCAAAGAUGGGCGGAUUCGAGUGGUCUUCAGUGUGCCACAUGAGCCACAGCUGGAGCCCUUAAUCCAGAACCAACACAAAUACAGCGUGAAAUACAGUCCUGGAUACGUUCUGGCCUCUCGUCUCGGCAUCACCGGUUACCUCGUCUCCCGCUUCUCUGGAAGCAUCUUCAUUGGUAGAGGCUCUAAGAAGAAUCCCUGUGGGGAGCAAAGAGCUAACGUUGGCCUGAACCUCAAGUUCAACAAGAAGAACGAGGAAGUUCCCGGAUACACCAAGAGAACUGAAAAAGAGUGGCUCUACUCUGCUGCUGUGGAGGAGCUGCUGGCUGAAUACCUGGACAGAUUUUCAGAGGUAUUCAACAAAGUGGCCAGAAACAGUCACGAUGAUGUUUUCUAUGAAGAUGACAUUUGGCCUGGAGAAGACCAGAAUGGGGCAGAGAAGGUAGCAGAAAUCACUUCAUGGUUAAAAAGUCACCCAGUCAGCUCCAUCAGUAGGGCAUCCUGUGACCUCCAAGUGCUGGAUGCUGCAAUCGUGGAGAGGAUCGAGGAAGCAGUGGAGAAGACCAAGGUGAAGAAGAGCACCAAGAAAGUCCGCGUCACAGUCAAGCCUCACCUCCUCUUCAGGCCCUUGGAGCAGCAGCAGGGUGUAGUUCCAGACCCCGACGCGGAAUAUCGUCUGUUUGACAGAGUCAUCAACAUCAGGGAGAGCUUCACCGUCCCGCUGGGACUCAGAGGGACAAUCAUUGGCAUUAAAGGAGCGGAGCGCGAGGCAGAGGUUCUCUAUGAAGUGCUGUUUGAUGAAGAAUUUGCUGGAGGUCUCAACAUCAGGUGUACGUCUUCUCGUUGUUACCGCCUCCCUCCCUGCGCCCUGAUCAACCUUUCCCACGGAGCCCGGGUUGAUCACACUGGCCACAAACUCACCGCCAUCGUCAAACCGCAGCCUGCCACUGGCGGCAACUUCAGCUCGUACCGGCAGCUGGCAGGCCUGAACCACUCUCCUCGUUCACCUUUUAUCCCCACACAGCAUAACAACAAACAUGGUGUGGCAAAGGCUGCCUCACAGGGCAACAGGAGCUCUCCCUCAAAAGGUCCCAUCCAAAAGCACCAGGUCAGGAACAAAGAGGAGUACAGUAAUGUAUGGCAGUCUCUGCAGAACACAGGGCCUCCUAACAAGCCUCCUGCUCACUGGCACAACAGUGAAGGACAUUCCCAGCAGGGGAAGAACCAACCCGCCAGCAAAUCUACCCCACCUGCUGGCAUCAGACUGUUGAAGAAAAAUGAAGAUGUCAGCUCCUUUAUUCCCUCACACAAUACAGCCAACAAGGCUGAAACACAAUUUGAGGACCUCAUUGCCAAUCUAAAAAUCUCCAAGGGUAACCAGCAAACCCCACCCCCUCCUGCCCCUCCACAAGGAGGUGACAGCCAGCCAGAUGGCCCAUUAUCCCCACAGUCUUUUGCCAUGAAGGGAACCCUGGUGCUGAAGGAGAUGCUUAAAAUUGACAGCACUGGAACAGGAAGUCAAUCUGCUCAAGAGACGUCAAACAGCACCCCCCCUGGUGGCCAGCAGCAGAACAGGAGACGAUCGUCAAAGAAACUCGCUGCAAAAAUAAACGUCCCACACGGCGACGCGCCUGUGUUGCCUUCUCCGGCACCUGCUGCCUCUGCCAACACCCUGCUGGGCAGUAAGGUGUCAGAGCUGGCCUGCAUCUGUGUGGCUUUAGGUAUGGCGCCACCUGACUUCAGCUUCAUGCGCAACAGACAGGGUCUAGUGCUGUGUCAGGUGAAACUGUCCAACGGGUUGAUGGUUCAUGGCCCACAGUGCCAGUCAGAACACGAUGCCAAGGAGAAAGCUGCUUUCUUUGCACUUCAGAGACUGAACUCACUCGGGUCAGGCUUCCCCCUCCCACCUCCUCUGUACACAGGAGUGGGUCAGAUACGACCUCCCCACAUGGGAGCUGUCUUCAACCAACAAGGUGGUGUGCUGUUGCCCCCACAGGGUUACGGUCCUGCUCCUCUCUGGGGAAUGACGGUGCCUCCUCAGCACCACCAAAACCAGCCAUUCUACGGCCCACCGGGGACUUUCCCUGGCGCUGCGCGCCCCCAGCCUGCAACGACACUGCCCAUUGGCUCACACAACCAGUUCAUCCCCUUACAGGUGACUAAGAAACGAGUGUCGGCAAAUAAAAGGAACCAGGAAACUCGAGAGUUUUACAGUGCUGCCCAAACUGUUGCUAAGAACCAAGCACAGAAAUCCCAGAACCAGCCAACUGGCCAAUUGCAAGGUCAGACUGAACCACAGAGCGUUAAAAUCCACCAACAAGCUGUUAACUGCGACCUCUCCUCUGGUGACUCCACGACGACGGCACUGCAUACACCACCUAGGCAAAUCAUGCCAGCAACAGGCCACACCCCCAGCUCUGCCUCCAAGAGACGGCAAAGGAAGCUAGCAGUCAACUUUGAGGCAGCUCAAGUCUCAGAAUCAUGAGGUGUGUGUGUGUGUGUGUGUGUGUGUGUGUGUGUGUGUGUGUGUGUGUGUGUGUGUGUGUGUUGGUGUGUGUGUGUGUGUGUGUGUGUGUGUGUGUGUGUGUGUGUGUGUGUGGGUUGGUGACUCAGCAUUCCUGAUCAAACUCUCAUCGAUGUGAAAGUCAUUACAGAGCCCAGAGCAGCUUCAGACGAGCCUUUUUAUUUUUCAGCAAUGAAACAUGUAAAUGUGCUUCACUGCUCAACUUGCAGACUCCUCCUCAGGAGUUGAGGUCUGUGCCAGAUUAUCGUAGUUCCCCACUAAAGGAGGUUUAUUACAGCUCGUCUUUUCUUUGUAGCACUAACUUUGUACUCGCCCAGUCAGUGCUGAGGCCACAAAACAUUCCAAAGCGACCCCUCAGACUACAGACCACAAGCGAGGUUCUGAUUUUCACGAUCAUUUAUUAUACUAAAAUUAACUGGUUUUAUCCACGAUACAGCUCUGUGUCCACCUGUCUUGAACCUCAGUCAUGCAGGCCUAAAUGCUGGUUAGCUCGGGGAAAGUCACAGCAGCCUGCUGGUGAUCUCUAUGCCUGUUUGCAGCCAAUUUCACUCUGGCAACUGUCAGCAACCACUCACCAAGAGGCUGCAGAAUACACACUUUCCCCGAGCAACCGUCAGCUCCCUGACACAUCUUCUGGGGGCCUUUUCUAACUACUUGUGUUUGUUGCUUUUGUUGGAUGUUGCUCUCAGCAGUGAUUGUGGUGACUACAGUGUUAUGUUAGACAAAAAGAAAUGCCUAAAGUCAUACACACGAACCCCCAAUAGUAAUAAACCGCCAGCUUUGUUCACCUGCUCGAGCAGAGAACAUUAGUGUCUCCACAGGAGCAGAUUUGGAAGCAGUCUUGUGACUACAUUUCAUUUUGAGUGGUUAAGAAAACCUCAUGCUGAAGUGAGACGCUGCCUUAAAAAGGGAAUGAUUUCUUUCUUUUCUUUCUUUUCUUUCUUUUUUUUUUUUUUUGAUUAAGAGGACCUUUGACAUAACUCUAAAAACAUGCAUCACUGAGAGCAUUUCAUAUUUCCUUGAGGGGGCAUUAACAGUGAACAGCCUGUAGAGUUGGACUCCUGACGGUCUCAGUCUUCCUUCCCAGCUGAGAGGUUUUCAGACUCCAGGUGUUGCUGGAUGAGACUUCAUGGACUGAAAAAAGACGUCUGAGUGCAGCAGGUUCAACCCUCCUCUGUUAGCAUGGUGUGCAGGUCCCAAUAACAUGUGACGUGGACCUUGUUCUCAGGGACAUGUAGCUGUGGUAGAAGCCCCCAUUGCAUACAUCACAUUUUUAAACAAGAAAUCGGGGCCUUCUAUUGUUGCUACAGCCAUUCAUGCCAUCGUAGAGCAGCUCUAUCCUGUUUGGAAGGGUGAUGUUUUAUUGUUUCUGGGGUUUGGUCAUCGUUGCUCACACACCGCCUUUUAUUUACUUCAGGCUCAUCGUUUUGUUUUUUUCUUAAAGACUUUUCAUGCUUUGUUAACAGCACCUAGAAACAAGACGACUAAAUUCACACCACCUGCACAAAUGCAGAACUAUGAGGAAAUCCCAAAUUAUUCGAGUCACCACACACACACACACACACACACACACACACGCCACUGCAGAGCUGUUUAACACCAGCACAGAUAGUUUCACACACCUACAGAGAGGUUCCUUUUUGCUGUUGGAAAACGGUCUGAUUCUUCUCUUCGGCUCUGCCGGACCUGCAGGAACGUUCACACUGCUACAGUCAAGAGUUUCCAAAAGCAUCUUAUGCUUAUUAUGGGUGGAUUUUAUCCAGGUUUAAAAAAAAAGAUCUUAACCUGAUUUCUUUUUGAGUCGAAAUUAAAUUUUUUGGAGUGAUCUACUGAAGAUGUUUGGUUAGGGCUGUAUCUCUUGUUUAUAAUAAGGAGCCUGCUAAUUUCUGUGCCAGUCACUAUUGAAAUUCUUUGGUUUACAGUCGCCUUUUUAUCCAACUUUAAUAAUUAUCUGUGCACAGUGUUAAUUUUACACCUUGUGAAUAUGGACUCUCUUGAAAUUUAUCGAUGUCUUCAUCAAAUAUCUGUUUGACCCACAUUGUAGUGAUUGUUUCAAGGUUUAUUUCACUGUGAUAGUCGUGUUAUUAUUGUAGGAGCUUGCUAUUAACUGUGUAGAGCACAGGCCUCACACAGCUGAUGACAGCUAAGCUUCAGAAUCCUGAUCAGGUGUCUGACCUGAUAUAGUCUCAUUUCAGAGCGGCUUUAUAUCUGUCAGCGCAGCCCAAAUAUAAGACAGCAGUAGAGUUUUAAUAGGAAACAUACUCGUCCGUGGAGUGAACCACGUGUCUAAGAUGCUUUUGGAAACAUAGCUCAGCUCCUGGUCGGUGCUUUUCUAAAUCUGAUAUAAAUUCUCAGCUGAGUUAGCCACUUCCACGCAUCACUACAUAGUCACACAUAAAUAAUCUCACCAUUUUUAAAAAGGAUUUUCUUUUUUGAACUAUGGAUUUUACGGACAUCCUUUUUAUAGACGAUCUUGAUAUUUUAUUUUUUUUUCGACUAUCGCUUCAGUAAUGUUUGUGGUAAGGCCGCUGUAGAGACAAAUUAAAUUGUACUUACCCAGACCAUGUUUUGUAUUUAACCGGUCCUUGUUUUGACACCCUCACCUUGGGACUGAAGUGUGUAAGGGUCUGGUGCAAUAAGGGGGGGUUAAAACUCUUUUUGGAAAUUGAAGCACACCUGUUUGUUUGUUUGUUUUUUUCUUUUUGUCCUUUGUUGUUGUUUUUUGUGGGGGGGGAGGGGAGGUACUCAGAUUACGAGAAGAUGUAAAGGUAACAGAAGAUGAAACGUUAUGGACUUGCUGUUUUGAUUCAGGAAUGUCUUGUACAUAACCAUUUAAUAAAAUGAAUCUUUUGUUACGACAUGGCUGUGACGGUGGCUUUUUCCUUUUUGAUUUUAUUUUUUCGUUAAAUUGAAAGAAGGCAAUGCCUGAAACUUGCUUUUUUCUUAAUGGCCACCAGGGUGGUACCUGUAGUUGCAAGAAGGCUUUGACUCAGUCCUACAGAAGCCCUCAGGUGUGACCCACAGGAAGGACUCAGUCUCAUUUUGUAAAUGUGAUUCUAAGUUUAAGAUGGGGAGAUUAUCCAGGACCUUCUUAAUGAGUAAUAACUUGAGACUGUUAUGUGUUGACCAGGGGCACAUCUACAGGGGGGCAACUGCCCCUCUGCUGCCAGGAAAUGGGUAAUAAAAGGAUUGUGUGAAACUUUGAAACAUCUCUGCGUGAUCUCUAUUAAGACGAAAGGAUCAGAGAGACCGGCGAUGUCUUGACACCCCCAUCAUGUUUUUGACUAUUUUGUUGACUCUGUUUACAUAUAGGGGAUUUUCAUAUGAAGAGGUAUGUGCCACCCUGCCUCCUGUUAAAAGGAAGUUUUUCCUUCCCACUCUUGCCAACUGCUUGCUCAUAGGGGUUUGUCUGAUAUAGGGUUUUCUCUAAUAUUGUCCCGUCUUUACCUUCCAAUAUAAAGUGCUCUGAUGUAA